AUGGGGGAGGGUACAGAUUUGAGUGACGACGAAAACCGUGAUCAGCCAGAGCCACCAGGAAAUAAUAACUUAGUGGAACAAAAUAGCAUUACAAGUCCACGUGAUGAUAGUAUGGACGGCAGCGAAAACAUGAAUGCGAGUACAAAAAGAGUUCGAGAAGACAACGAAGGGGAGAGAUGGAUCAGUGUCAGAAGAGACGGAAAGAGACGUAGAGAGAGAAUAAACAGCCCAGUGAGCCCAGUAAAGAAUCAGGACGAGGAAAUCAAAUUUGAAGCAUACAUUUCGGCUGCAGAGGCACUGCCUAAACAAUUUGCUUUCGCCCGCAUGAUGCAGCAAAAUAACAUAACGGACAUCGUAGAAAUAAAAUAUAUUAAUCCGAAUAAAAUUUAUGUCCAGUUCGGGUCUGAAAGUACUUUAGAAAACCUUAUUACAUGCCAAGCUAUAAAAGAGAAAGCAUGGAGUGUAGUGAGAACUAGCGAGGUUGCUGCUUCAUAUGGCGUAAUUAGGCAGGUAGAAUUGGAUCUAACCGAGAAGGAGAUUUUGGAAAGCAUAGAUGGCGGCGCCGAUCUAAUAUCUGUCAAGCGGUUAACUCGUCGAUCAGAGGAUGGCAAGUGGAUAAACAGCGAGUGCGUGAGGUUGGGAUUCAGGGGAUCCUCCCUUCCAGCUUAUGUCCAUGUAUUUGAAAGCCCUAUCAUGGAAACUAAAGACACCCCCGAAAUUGAACUCAACAAAACAGAUGCUUCCUUUCCAAAUAUUCGUUUUAAUUCGGGGAAUGAAGAGCAACGCCAGGAUACGCAAUGGCCUCAAAUGCCUCAUGCAUACGUAACAGUUGCCGAGCCCUCGUCACCUAGUGUAAAGCAAAAGGCGCCCCCGAAGAAAAAUGGGACUGGUAAACAUCAGAAACACAAGAAAAGCAAUCCUCGAAAAGACAAACGCUCAACAUCUGACAAACAAAAUGAGGAGUCAGAACUUAGCUGCAUGGAUGUAGACAUUGAAUCGAGUUCGGAUACGAAUUAUAGUAUAGAGAUGAAGAAGGGAAAAAAGAAGUUGAAUGAAGAAAGAAGAAAGUCAAACAAAGAAAAGAAGAGUGAUGAUAUUACGCUGGAAAAAGUCAUGGAGAUGUUGAAGAACGUAUUGUCUCGCGAGAAGGUUCAUGUCGCAGCGCUGAGUGAGACUUGGUGCGUUCUGGACCUGGAGUUGAGAAUGACUGUCAAAUAG